CGGUCCCGUACUUGCUCUUAAUGGCAGGACGAAUCCGAGUCCGCGAAAAAUGUUAAAUAAAAAUCGCGUCUCGUCGUCAUUUUUAGCUUCAGGUGAAUAUCAUUAGUUGUUUCAGACAAACCACUCUGAAAAAGAAACACUCUUUUUUAUCUGUGCCUGGGUGGAAGUUGACGGAAUACGGCCCCGACAUCUUUAUUUAGCGAAGAUAGAGACUGCAUAUCCCAGUGAAAGAAAGAAACUCCCUCCGUCAGCCGCAUUUACUAUUUCAAUGGCACCGGCAAACGGCAUCUAAGAAGCUUGACAAGAUUCGAAGGCGCGGGCCUAGUUUAUAUAGACAGAAGUCUUUGCAUUGCGACUAUGACAUGAGAUGAACCUCGCGAACCCCUCUGAGUGCACCUUUCGACGGUUGGCCCACACGCCUGACGUCACUGGAGCAAUGUCAGAGAGAAAAUUGCAGUGCGGUAAAAGAUAUCGAGAUGUGCCCGUGUAUCAACCGACCUUAUAUAUGCAUAGACAGCAGGUGUCCCUCUGUCAUGUAUUUCUAGAACAGCGAAUUUUGAAGCUUCAUGUUUUCUCAAGUCAGUAAUCGCAUUCGCCAUGUCGCGGAUCCACUAGCUCCGCGUUGCUUUCGUGGGAGGAUGGAUGCCAUAUGUUAGAACCCCCGAGUGCAAGGAUGAGGAACGGGCUUCGUAACACCAUGCGGAUUAUCCGCCAUAAUUUUUUUGGAUGAGCAGAUGCUAUUCCCCAGUCGAAGGAUAGCUCGUUAGAGACGUUGUAAAAUCAGUAGAGAAGAUGUCAGUGGUGAGUUAUGAUAGAGUCGGAAUCAAUCCUAAUAUCUGCACAAAUCUACUGUAUAUAGGUCGUUGGAGAAGGACUGCCGGUUGAUAGCGCUAGGCUUGAUGUGGAUCGAAGGCUUGGCAAAUUCAUUCCUUGGCACUGAUGCCCGCUUAAACUUGAAGCUCUGAUAAUUCUUGUUUUUUUAUCUAAAUAAAAGGAAUCAUCGAAGCAAAUACUGUACAAUCUUUCCCCUAACACUUCACUAACCCCUACUUAAUCAAUUAAUCAAUACCCCGAUCCUCGCAAGCGAAACCAGCACCAAGAAGAAAACAACCAAAUAAAUAAAUAGUUAAAUCAACCCGCAAACAGAACCAGAGCGCUAGGAAGAUAGAAAAUAUGGCGCCUUACCCCAAAAAACGCAAACUGACCUCCUCCCACCCCAACGCCGUUCCAGAGAUCCUCUUCGAUCCCAGUGCGCGGGCGGAGUACUUGACGGGUUUCCAUAAGCGCAAGGUACAGCGCGCCAAGCAGGCACAGGAGAAUGCGGAGAAGAGAGCGAAGGAGGAGAAGAGGGAGCAGAGGCGGCGGAUACGAGACGAGCGCCGCGCAGAAUUCGAACGAGCCCUUGAGCAAAACAGAACGCUGAUGCGGGAGAUAAGCCGUGCGGCGGCGGGGGAGAGCGGUUCCGAUGAGGAUGAAGAUGGGGAGAAUGAUAAUAGUACGGAUGAGGAGUGGGAGGAAAUCGCCGAGCCACCGCCGGUCGACUAUGAGGCGGAAUAUAUCGACGAGGAUAAAUAUACGACUGUUACGGUGGAGGAGUUGGAUUCUUCUUCGCGGGACGGGCUGAGGAGGAGAGUUGGUGUGGAGAGUGACGACGACGAAGACGACAGUGAAGAUGAUGGGGAAGAGAAAAAGAACAAGAACAAGGCGGAACAUGAAGGACGAGAGGGUGGUGAGGAUACAUCAAAACCGAAAAAGCGAGUAUGGACCAAGGAGAACCCGAAGUAUAAGAGUAAAAACAAGGAUACUGAUAAGAAUGGUGAUAAUGCGUCGGGUCGGUCGAAGAGUAAUUCGAAGAGGAAGAAGAGGAGUUUCCGGUAUGAGAAUAAGGCCGAGCGGAGGGUUACGAAGUUCAAGGAGCGGGCUGGGGGCAAGAAGCGGGCGAGGGAGAGGAGGGUGGCGACAUAGAUUCAUUCCCGACGAGACGUAUGGAGUUAUUCAUUCGAUUUGAUCAAAUGAGAUACAUCAUUGCAACAGAUACGAAUGAUUACGGCCACGACUCUACGAACCUGAUAAACAGAACAUAUGGAACAGUUGCCAUGGGCAACAAUGAAUCGAAUCUCAUUAAAGGCUCUAUGUACCGCAGUCGGGAAAGAUAAAUCAUACGUGGACAAAUUUGGGGAAAUAAAUAUAAAAGAGGAUAGUAGGGGGGAAAAAAAGAAGAAAAGAAAAGAAAAGCACAUGACACAUGACAGUAGCUUCAAGGUCAGAACAGUGACAUGUUAUUUGGCGGUUUUCUGUCUUCCUUUAACAGUUCAAGCAGUGGCUAGAAGCACGAGAUCGCAAUCACAUAUGGAGAGAAGUGACACGAGGCGAGACUAAGAAGAAAGAGACAAGCUUGUUGAAGAAUAUAUUUGUAUACACCACGCUCCCUACCCCCAUCAUCUACACAUUGCCCAUGGCAGUCUCCAGCUCCCGUAGCUCCUUCUGCAAAUUCUCGUACUUCUGGGCCAUUUCCUCAUACUUGGCCUCCCAUUGGUCACGGGAAGUCUCGAGCGCCUGGACUUUGCGCUCGUAGUGUCCGGCCUUAACAUCGGUUUGGCGGAGCCUAAAUUUGAAUAACAUGGUGGUUAGCAUCUUGAAAUCAUAAAGGUUGCACUUAGGGAAACCCCAAAAAGUAAAGAGGAAGGGAGAAGAGGAGAAACGCACUUCUCAUUCGUCUCACGGA